CAUGUUUUGAUAAAAUAUUACAUAUAAAUAAACUGACCUAUUACUUGAAGAAGUUAUUGGUUUUUGUAAAGUUCAUACAAACAGGACACAAUGAGAGUAUCUCUGGCCUUUUUGGCCAUUGUCUGCGUGGUGGGUAUCCAUGGUGGUACCUACACUGACCGUUUCUUGGAACAGUACAACAAAAUCCACGAUUCCGCUAAUGGGUACUUUUCUUCUGAAGGUAUUCCUUAUCACAGUGUCGAAACAUUGAUCGUAGAAGCCCCAGAUCAUGGUCAUCAAACCACUUCUGAAGCUUUCAGUUACUAUGUCUGGCUUGAAGCUAUGUACGGAGCCGUCAAUGGAGAUUUUUCUUCCUUCAACACUGCCUGGACUACCCUAGAAAAUUACGCUAUUCCAGCACUGCAAACAGCUAACGCAGCUUAUAAUCCCAGCAAACCCGGGUCGUACGAAGCUGAGUUGGACGAUCCUAGCGACUACCCAUCACCGAUCGAUUUCAACGUUCCAGUUGGUCAAGAUCCUAUCGCUACUGAACUGAAGAAUGCUUAUGGUUCUGAUGUAUUGUACGCCAUGCACUGGCUCCUCGACGUUGACAAUGUUUACGGAUUCUCCAACACUCAAGGACAGUGUGAAGACGGUACUAAUGGUCCAUCAUUGAUCAACAACUACCAGAGAGGACCUCAAGAGUCAGUAUGGAGGACAGUCCCUCAACCUACUUGCGACCAAUUCAAAUACGGUGGUCAAAAUGGUUUCUUGGACCUGUUCACCAAGGACAACUCUUAUGCUCAUCAAUAUAAAUACAGUGCUGCUCCAGAUGCUGACGCCAGAGCUGUCCAAGCUGCUUACUGGGCUGCCCAAUGGGCUACAGACAACGGACAAAUUUCAUCUAUUACAGACACAUUAUCCAAAGCUGCUAAGUUGGGAGAUUACCUUAGAUAUUCCUUAUACGACAAAUACUUUAAGAAGGUUGGUAACUGCGUUGGUGCCUACGCUUGCCAAGGAGGUACCGGAAAAGAAAGUGCCCACUACCUCAUCAGCUGGUACUUCGCCUGGGGUGCCUCCUACAACGCCCAGUACGACUGGGCCUGGCGUAUCGGAGAUGGCGCCGCUCAUUUCGGCUACCAGAACCCUCUGGCCGCUUACGCUCUGAGUACUGACUCGAAUCUAACUCCCAAAGGCUCCACAGCUGUCGAAGACUGGAAAACUUCCCUGGACAGACAAUUGGAACUGUACGAGUACUUGCAAACUUCCGAAGGAGCGUUUGCUGGUGGUGUUACCAACUCCUGGAAAGGAAGGUACGAUACUCCUGACUCUGAUUUACUCGUGGACACUUUUCAUGGUAUGUUUUAUGAUUGGGAACCUGUAUACCAUGACCCUCCAUCAAACAGAUGGUACGGAAUGCAACCUUGGUCAGCUGACCGUCUAGCUCAGUACUACUACGUAACCGGAGAUACUAAAGCUCAAGCUAUCUUGGAGAAAUGGGUUAAUUGGGUUAUUCCCAACAUCAAAUGGACGGGAGAUGACUUUGAAAUGCCCGCGAAUCUUGGAUGGACAGGAGACCCACCAAAUGCUCACGUUAAUGUUACUUCGUGGGGUAAAGAUUUGGGUACAGCUUCUGCCACUGCCAGAGCUUUCUCCUACUACGCUGCUAAAGCCAACGAUGCCACCGUAAAAGAAAACGCCAAGAAGAUUUUAGACGCUUUGUACGCUAACUACCAAACCACCAAAGGUAUUUCAGCUCCGGAAACCCGUGAAGAUUACAGCCGUUUUAACGAAGCAGUGUAUGUUCCCAGCGGAUGGACCGGUACUUAUCCCAACGGUGACGUCAUCGAUUCGUCUGCCACCUUUAUCAAGAUCAGGUCGUGGUACAAGAACGAUCCUGACUGGUCUAAAAUACAGGCUUACUUGGAUGGUGGUGAUGUACCUACGUUUACCUAUCACAGGUUCUGGACUCAGGCUGAUAUCGCUCUGGCUUUUGGCGCAUACGGACUUCUUUUUAACGAAUAAGAUGUAUAAAGUUUUUUUUGUAAUAAAAAAAUAAGCAUAUA